CUGGGAUCCGGCCCAGGAUCCUGAGCUGCCGCACAGCCUUGGAGAGCUUUGCAGCAACCACAGAGAGGCACACGGUGUGAAAGGAGAAACACAAAGCAGGAGGAAACUCAGCUUUCACCACAGCCACGGCCUGCCAGGACAUCUUCCCGUGAAACCAACUGCUAGGACCGACCUAAGACUUGCAGGCACAGCAAUGGAGAAUUUGGAUGUCCCAAUCUCAGAUCUUACUGAAGAACAGCAAGACAUUUUUCAGAGAGUAUUUGCUGCUGAUGCCAAAUACUUGGAGAAUCAUGAGAAAAUGAACCAGUCAUUCUGGGAAUCACUUGUAAAAUGCUUGGCCACUACUGACCCACCUAUCCUGAAUCCUGAAGAAAAGAACAAUCUCCUUAACAGCUGUGAUGUCCUCCCUGAAGGCUGUGCUGCCUGCCUGAACGCCAUAGAGAAGAAAGGAGUCAGGGCAAUGGCUCUUCUUUACCUUUUGCUGAAGACUUCCAACCCAUCUGGGUACAGGCAGCUGCCCAGCUCCAAAGGAAAGGAUGAAAAAUUGAAACUCCUGAAGAGAUUGGAAAGGAAUUUUGUACAUUCAGAAGAGGACAAAAAGUCUGAAAACUCAUCCCAUGAGUCCGUGGAUGAAGAUACACAAGACAGUGAUGAGGAAGAUUUAGGAAGACAGAAGACUGAAGGCCAGUUACUUGGCGGAAUACCAGCAGAGGUGGUACCCUACAGAGAUUCAGAGAUUGCCAGAAGAGAAGAUUCAGAUGCAGAUUUAUAUGAGAAGGAGAGCACUCACCCUCCUCAGUGCACAGUACGGUGGAUGGGCAUACGGAAGGAUGAUGAAUUCUUUCAUUUUGUCAUUCUUUGCUUUGCAAUUGGAGCUUUACUAGUUUGCUACUACUACCACAAAGAUUGGACUAUUUCUCUUGGGAUUGGCUUAAUCACCUUUGCUUCCCUGGAAACCACUGGGAUAUACUUUGGUCUAGUGUACCGAAUUCGGAGUGUCCUUGACAGCUUUGUUCCUCUGAUUGACAGAUUCAGGCCAAGAGGUAACGUUGCUCUUUUUACUGAUAGCAUCUGUCUUCCCUGGACCUUGGUUUGGUCAAGAAUUAAGACAAACUCAUUUAAAUGA